AUGUCUCACAAAAGAGAACUCUGCUGUCUUUUCAUGUUGUUCAUGUUGGCCACUUGUUUUUUGCCAUCAUUGGAUGACACAAACGCUCAAAUUCUGCUCAACUUCAAAAGCUCCUUGUCCAAUGCUGAUGCUUUAAAGAACUGGAAUGAGUCUAUAAGUCUGUGUGGCUGGAAUGAUAUAUUAUGCUUCAAUCAGACAUUUCAUGGAUUGAGACUAGAGAAUAUGGGACUAAGUGGCUUGAUUAAUGUAGUCACCCUGCUGGAAUUGUCCAAUUUCAACAGUUUUAGUGUCAUUAACAAUAGCUUUGAGGGUCCAAUGCCUGCAUUCAAGAAGCUUUUGAGUUUAAGGACAUUGUUUCUGAGCAAUAACAAAUUCUCUGGUGAUAUUCCUGACGAUGCUUUUGAUGGGAUGGGACGCCUGAAGAGAGUAUUCUUGGCAGAAAACGGAUUCACGGGUCAUAUUCCUACAUCCCUUGCUAAUUUGCCUAGGCUUUUGGAUGUGAACUUGCAUGGAAAUAGAUUUGAAGGCAACAUACCAGAAUUUCAACAGAGAGAUUUCAGAGUGUUUAAUUUAUCGAACAAUCAAUUGGAGGGUUCAAUACCCGAAAGCUUAAGCAACGAGGAUCCAAUCUCAUUUGCUGGAACAUUUUCGGAAAGAAAAAAUCUGGACGGAGGCCAAAUGGCAGGUAGCCAUGAGAAGACUCAGAGGAAGCGCAAUCAAAUGGUUCUGUACAUGGAACUGUCGCGACUUUAA